AUGUUAGCAGUUGUGUUUUUAGCUCUGUGAGCCUCGCCUCCUUUCAUUUGGUCCCAAGUCAAAAAGGGUCCGGAAUGGCCCCGAAAAAGCAGGAAGAGGAACGCAAACCGCUGAUCGGGCGCGUCGGCACCAACCUGAGAGUCGGCAUCGUCGGCAUUCCCAACGUGGGCAAGUCGACGUUCUUCAACGUGCUCACCAAGUCGCAGGCGGCCGCAGAGAAUUUCCCUUUCUGCACCAUCGACCCCAACGAGAGUCGCGUGCCGGUGCCCGACCCCAGAUUCGACCACUUGGUCGACCACCACAAACCUGUCAGUAAAGUUCCCGCCUUUCUAAAUGUAGUGGACAUUGCUGGUCUGGUCAAAGGUGCCUCCGAAGGUCAGGGACUUGGAAACGCUUUCUUGUCCCACAUCAGAGCCUGCGACGCCCUGUUCCAUUUAUGCCGAGCAUUUGAGGAUACGGAAGUGACGCACAUCGAGGGCGAAGUGAAUCCAGUGAACGACCUGGACACGAUCGCCGAGGAACUGAGGCUAAAGGACGAAGAUGCUCUGUUGACCGUUUUGGAUAAAUUGGAGAGGGUGGUUGUUCGAGGCGGCGACAAGAAAUUGAAACCGGAAUAUGACGUUCUCUGCAAAAUCAAACAAGUUUUGGUAGAUGAGAAGAGACAUAUCCGGUUUGCAGAUUGGAAUGCUGUGGAGAUUGAAGUUUUGAACCGCUACUUUUUCCUCACUUCAAAACCAGCCAUGUAUUUGGUCAAUCUUUCAGAAAAGGAUUACAUUAGAAAGAAAAAUAAAUGGUUAAUCAAAAUCAAGGAAUGGGUGGAUAAGAACGAUCCAGGAGCGAUCAUCAUCCCAUUUUCAGGUGUUUUCGAAUCGAAAAUUGCAGAAAUGGACGAGGACGAGAGAAAAACUUUCCAAAAAGAACAAAACGCAACCAGUGUCCUUGAUAAAAUUAUUGUGCAAGGUUACAAGACGCUACAGCUCAUUUACUUCUUCACGGCCGGUCCUGAUGAAGUGAAGGCUUGGACAAUACAGAAAGGAACAAAGGCGCCUCAGGCUGCUGGAAAAAUCCACACCGACUUUGAGAAGGGCUUCAUUAUGGCCGAAGUGAUGCAUUUCGAGGAUUUCAAAAGCGAAGGAACAGAAGCAAAUUGCAAAGCGGCGGGAAAAUACAGACAGCAGGGCAGAAACUACGUCGUCGAGGACGGGGACAUAAUUUUCUUCAAAUUCAAUGCUGGCGCUGGUCUGAAGGACGCCAAGAAGAAAUAAUUAUCAUUAUCAAUUAAUAAAAUAAAUUAAGAAUUUAAUAA